AUGUCCUCCCCAGAAACUUGGACCAACCCAGGUAGCGAAAUUGUUGUCAGCGGACACAUCGGUCGAACAAGAAAGGUCGGCAAGAACCUAGCCUUCGCCCACUUGGAGCGCAACGGAGAACGAAUCGGGCAGAUCUGUGCCAAAGGCGAGAAUGCGGCUGUUCUGGCCAAGAUACGUCCCUUCAGCGCCGUCUUGGCCAAGGGUGUUGUGACGGAGGCCUCAGGUGCCGCACGCUUCGAGAUGGACAUGGAGUCGAUACAAUACCUAAACCCAUUUCCCAAGGACAUCAUCAUCGGCCCCGAUACCGUCUUCCCCCCCGAACAGCGUCACUUGCAGUUGCGAUUCCACGAGCAACUGAGGGAGAGACUCCGCUUCCGUGCCCAGCUCAAGUCCACUAUGGGACAGGCGAUGGUGGAUCGGGAGUUCAUGGACGUCGAGACGCCAAUUCUGUUCAAGUCCACUUCGGAGGGCGCGAGAGAGUUUAUUGUUCCCACGAGGCGCCCGCGAUACGCCUACGCCCUGCCCCAGAGCCCCCAGCAAUAUAAGCAGGUCCUGAUGGCCUCUGGCAUGGGAGGCUACUACCAGUUCGCGCGCUGCUUCCGCGACGAGGACCAUCGCGCGGACCGUCAGCCCGAGUUUACUCAGCUGGAUAUGGAAAAGUCGUUCGCAACGGGUGUGACCAUCAUGGAGGACGUUGAGUACGUCGUGGGUCGUGCGUGGGACACAUUGAGAGAAAUAUACGUCAUGGAAGUGGGCAAAGACUCGUUCGCGCCAGUCAGGAAAGCAUCAUUGCAGAACUGGGAGCAAAGCAUCCAAGACAGCGCCAAGGACGACGCCAAAGCGCCCAUCUACCAAGAGUACCCCGCCAUCUCUACGCCCUUCCUGAGGAUGAAGUAUACCGACUGCAUGGAUCUCUACGGAUCCGACAAACCGGACCUGCGCAUCCCAAACAGAAUUUGCCGGGUUGACGAGCACCUCAACAAGAACUUUGUCAGCAUGAUCACGGACCUCGAGUCACCGAUUGUCGAAGUCUGGAAAAUCAGCCCACACGAAGACGUCGAUAGACGAGACGUGUGGAAGUUUGUGAUCGACUUCAUGGAGUCCCUCCCCAAGGGCCUGUCCCAGAACCCGGACGGCGCACCCACAGCCUUGGUGUUUGACAGCAGCAAGCCGCUCAACGGCUUCUCGGCAUUGGGGCCGGAAGGGUUGGACAGCAUUCUCGGCGCUCUGCCAGAGGACUCGGGCUUCUCGGAGCUGAACAACGGCGACAUCAUCUUGUUUCAGGCGCGCAAGGACCAGCCCCAGCAAGGUGGUUCGACCAAGCUCGGCGAGACGAGAAUCGCGCUGUACCACGCCGCUGUGGAGGCCGGUCUCCUGGACAGGGACGACAGCUUCAAGUUCCUCUGGGUCACCGACUUCCCCAUGUUCACCCCGGAAGAGGAGGGCGACGUCGGGCAGGGCGGGGCCUCGGGCUUCUCGGCGACCCACCACCCCUUCACGGCCCCACACUCGGAGGAGGACUUUGAGCUCCUCUUCAAGGACCCGCUAAGGGCCAAGGCCGACCACUACGACCUCGUCCUCAACGGCGUCGAGCUCGGCGGCGGCAGCCGACGUAUCCACAUCGCCGAGAUUCAGGAGUUCAUCUUCCGCGACAUCCUGAAGAUGAGCCAGGACAAGAUCAAGGAGUUCUCCCACCUGCUCAAAGCGCUGCGUGCCGGGUGCCCGCCGCACGCCGGUUUCGCCAUCGGCUUCGACCGCUUCGUCGCCGUCUUGAGCGGCUCGUCGUCCGUCAGGGACGUCAUUGCCUUCCCCAAGAACAACAACGGCGUCGACGAGUUCGCCGGGGGCCCGGGGAAGAUGACCAAAGAGCAGCUCGAGACAUAUAACCUCCAGUUCCGCAAGAAGGAAUGA